AUGGCGUCGACAUCCCUACCAAAAGAAUGGCAUUCUGGCCCUGACGACAGCUUCCAUGGCAAGAUCACAGACGACGGUCCUUUCAACCCUGAGAAAGACCGCUACCACCUCUAUAUUGCUUUGUUCUGUCCUUUCGCACACAGAGUCAACUUGGUGCUGCAUCUCAAGCAACUACACAAGUACGCUGGCAUCGAGACGAGCAUCGUACGCCCCUAUCCGAAGGGAGACGCGAAGGGAUGGCCGGGGUGGAGGUUCAAUGUAGAAGACAAGAAAGACGAGGCAGAUAAAGCAGACUAUGAGGGCGCAACAGUGGACAAGCUCUUCGGGAGCAAGUACAUGCACGAGCUGUACUUCAAGGCAGACAAGGAUUACAAGGGCAGAUACAGCGUGCCUGUCCUCUGGGACAAGAAGCUAAACACCAUCGUAAACAACGAAUCGCAUGAGCUUCUCAGAGACCUCCAGACCGCCUUCAACUCGCUACUUCCUAAGGAUUUAGCAGAUAUCACGCUCUACCCCGAACCCUUACGAGCACAAAUCGACCACCUCGGCGAACAGCUACAACAACAUCUAAACACCGGCGUCUACAAAGCCGGCUUCGCACCCGACCAAGCAACAUACGAAAAAAACCUCCCCCCAGUCUUCGCCAUCCUCAACAAACUCGAAAAACUCACCUCCUCCAACGCCGGCCCCUACAUCCUCGGCCCAAAACUCACAGAAAUCGACAUCCGAACCUUUUGCACCUUGAUCCGUUUCGACGUCGUCUACGUCCAACACUUCAAAUGCAAUUUAGGCAUGCUACGAUAUUCCUACCCAACGCUCUACAAUUGGUUGAAAGGUUUGUAUUGGAAUCUCCCGGAAGCGCGGGAUACGACGGAUUUUAGGCAUAUUAAGGAGAAUUAUACGAAGAGUCAUUAUGAUAUCAAUCCUAGGGGGAUUACGCCGCUGGGGCCUUGGCCGGAUAUUGAUCGGGGGUUUGAGAGGGAUUGGGGGAUGGUUGGGGUGGGGGGGAUUGAGAUGGAGGAGGUUUUGGAAUUUGAGGAGAGGCUUGGGAAGGAGGUGGUGGGUUGA